GCCGCGUCUUUUGGCUCGCAAGUUUUGCGAGGCGAAACCAUUGAAUAAUUUUUUGGAUCUUUUGAUCCAUUUUCAUGGCUGCUGUAUUUAAUCAGUUGAAUGUGUAGUGCAGUUUAAACAUGAGUGAUUAUUCUUCUAUGGCUACGCUUCAAAAUAAUAGCCAAACGGCAGGGUUUGCUGCUGCUUUACAACGUGCGAAAUUGGUUGCUGCUAAGCUCGAAGUCGGAGGUAAGAGGCCAUUGGAAGAGGGAUCAGAACCUAGUGCGAAAAAACUGGCGUCUGUGGAUUCAUAUCAACAGCAACAGCAGAGCAUGAGUGCGACAGCAGCAGCGGCGGCGGCAGCGGCGGCCGCGGCGGCCCGCAUCGCGGCCAGCGCGAACGCACCCUCGGCGCCCGGCGGCGGUCCACCCGGCCUCAUGCAGGACCAGUCCAUCAACGACUACAUCCGUGUGCCCGACAAGAUGGUCGGACUAAUAAUCGGUCGCGGCGGCGAGCAGAUAACCCGGCUGCAGGCUGAGUCGGGCUGCAAAAUACAGAUGGCGCCCGACUCCGGCGGCCAGCCCGACCGCCUGUGCACCCUCACAGGGUCCCGCGAGGCCAUCGCACGGGCCAAGUCAGUUCACGCUAUAGCUCCUCCAGGGGAGCUGGUGAACCAAAUAGUGAACCACCGCGGGCGCGAGAAUGCGCCACAGCACCAGGACGCGCCGGGCGGCGGUGGCGGCGGCGGGGGCGGAGGCAUGCCCCCCAUGCCCCGCGGCGGCGGCGGGGGAGGCCUCGGUACCACUGUAAGUUACGAGGAGAUAAUGCUCCCGGGGCCAAAGGUGGGCCUGAUCAUCGGCAAGAAUGGCAAGACCAUCAAACAACUGCAGGAACAGUCUGGAGCGAAGAUGGUGGUGAUACAGGACGGACCUAACACUGAAUACGAGAAGCCCCUGCGCAUAUCAGGCGACCCCUCCAAGGUGGAGCACGCCAAGCAGCUGGUGAUGGAGCUGCUGUGUGACAAAGAACUGCAGGGCGGCGGCGGCGGCGGCCCGGGCUCCGGUGGCGGACGCUACGAUGAUGUAUACUCGCCUCAUGACCAGGGGAACGGCCUCGCUACCAACUCUACUGAGGUGCAAGUCCCGAAGAUCGCAGUGGGCGUGGUGAUUGGGCGCGGCGGAGACAUGAUCAAGAAGAUCCAGGCCGAGACCGGCUGCCGCGUGCAAUUCCACCAGGAGAGGGAUGAUGGCCCGGGAGACAAGAGAUGUUACUUACAAGGCAAGCCCCAUCAAGUAGAACAAGCAAGACAGAUGAUAGAGGAUCUCAUAGCUAGUGUCAAUGUAAGUAUGGGGAAUCGCCGCGACCAGGAGACGCGGCAGGGCGGCGGGCGCGGCCGCGGCGGCGGCUCGGGCGGGGGCUCGCAGCGCAACGGCGAGCGCGGGGACUACCAGCAGUGGCAGGACGCGCCCGAGAUCAGGGUCACCUUCACCGUCUCCAACGUCAAGUGCGGGCUCAUUAUUGGAAGAGGCGGCGAGGUGAUCAAGCAGAUCAACGCGGCGUCGGGCGCGCACUGCGAGCUGGAUCGGCGCGCGCAGGGCGCCGACCGCAACAACCGCACCUUCUACAUCCGCGGACACCCCGACGCCGUCGAGAACUGCAAGCGGAUUAUCUGCGAGAAGGUUGGCAUGCCGGUGAACUUCAUCCCGGAGGGCGGCAGCAACGGCAGCGGCGGCGGCGGCGACUACUACUCUGGGGGCGGCGGUGGCGGCGGCGGCGGCGGCCCGCCCGCCUGGGGGUACAACCCGCACUGGCACCAGCCCAACCCGCAGCAGCAGCCGCAGGCCUCCCCUCAGCAAUCGGAGGAGGAUUCCAGCUCACCUCACGAUGCGCCAACACAGCAACAAGUACAAAUCAACCCGGCGACGGGCCAGCCCGACUACUCGCAACAAUGGAUCGACUAUUACCGUUCACUAGGACUCAUGCGUGAAGCUGAGGCCAUAGAACAACAGGCCAAACAACAACAACAAGCGGCACAAGCGGCAGCCAACUCUGGCGGUGGCGGCGGCGGCGCUGGCGGUGGCCCGAGCGGCCCCAGCGGCAACGGCAACGGUGGCCCCAGCGGCGGCGCGCCCGGCAGCGGCAACGGGCAGGCCGACUACAGCGCGCAGUGGGCCGAGUACUACCGCUCCAUCGGCAAGAUGAAGGAGGCCGAGGCCAUCGAGGCGCAGAUCAAGAUGAAGCAGCCGGGCGGCGGCGGCGCGGCGGCCCCGGCGGCGGCGCCCGCGCCCGCGCCCUCCCCCGCGCCCCCCGGCGGCCUGCUGCCCGGCGCGCAGUACGCGCAGCCGCAGUACCAGAUGUACCAGAACUACGCCGGGUACUCGCCCUACUCCUACGCCGGCGUCUCCGGCGGCGGGCAGGACCAACAAUAGAGCGCGGCCGACGGCGGAAGCGGGACGUCACCCAUGUAGAUUGUACAUUUUACACUAAGCUCUCCAGUGUCGAUGACCGCGAAGAAACGCUCACAACAAAUAAACGUUCACUUCACUGCAACCGUUCUCUACGUAUUCGGACUCGGUUGUAGUGCGCGGCCCGCUCCACUCAGCGGCUCCCCAAAAUAUACAUUACAUUUAUUUUUAAUUUAAUUUGUAUUCGAUAUUCGGAACGUUUUCUUGGGCCAGCGGGCCGCCACGCAGAGUCCAGUCCGUCGGGAACCGUCCCAAAUCUACAACUUAGUUGUUAAUAUACCGUAGUUUAUUUCUUGUGGGUUGCCAACAGAUAAAAUAUUGUCAAAUGUCAUAGAUGUGUUAAAUUACUUUACUCUGACCGCUUUGAUAUGACGUUAAUUCUAAACGGCUGUGUGGUCUAUUGUAUUUAUUGUGUAUAUUUCUCAUUUAUCAUGUAUUUACUGAACUACUUUGUGUCGAUAUUGAUUGAAAUGUCAGUUUGUACAGGUUAAAAUGGCCACACUGCCUUUAAAGUAACAGAAUGAUCCGACGUCCGGAGCUAUAAGGAAAUGAAAGCUUAGAGAGAGACACUUGGCCGCCGCGACGAGGAGUCGAGGUAAAUGCACUGUAUUGAGUGAUUAGUACCACCCGUACCUUGUGAUUUAUUUGGGUAUAUUACAUGUAUAAUCUCUCCGAGUCGCGAGGGAGGCUUCCGCUCGCCGCCGCCGGUUGUACUGUCAUUGUAUGUUACGCGCUGAGCCGAAGUUAGCCUCGAAACUCCUCAAUCUAAAUCAUAAUAUGAAUUUUAUAUAGAUAUAAGUUAGAUAUACUAUUGUGAAUCGUACUUGUUCGUCACAGCUCCCAACAACUUUAGGGCUAUGACCGUCGAUCGGCAAAUUAAAUAUAGGAAUAUGUAUUUUUUAAACUUCUAGCUUUGAUUAACGAAUUAGGUGUUAGUGUAUGGAAAAUCGGAAGGUAAUGUAAGUGGAGCUACAUUCCUUGGAAAUAUUGUUCAACGCGCGAGUCUUUAACUCUUCGCUUGACGGGGGCGCCCCGAGUCACUCUUGUAUUAAUGAUAAGAUAUAAAGUGUAUGUUGAUUGA